CCAGAUUUUGGUUAUAUUACAUAGUUUUUUCUUAUAUUGUAAGAUUAUACAUUAAAUUAACAGAUUUUGGAAAGCAAGUAAGAGUUUUUCUUCUAAUCUCACUAAAAUGAAACUAAACAGAAAACAAUCAAAAUGGAUCCUCACGCUGAUUCUUACAUUUCACAUCACAUCUGUAAAGGCUGAAGCUUCUCAUAAUGAUGAAGUGAGAAUCCUCAUCAUGGGAAUCAGAGGUGAGUCCAGAUUCAGUGCUGCAGAUCUUCUGUCAGGAAGGAAAGACAGUGGACAGGAGGACAGAGAGAUUGUAAAAACUCCAGUAAUUACAGAUGAGGGUCGUAGAAUGAUGCUGGUCACUGGACCAAACCUCUGUGAGGAGGACACAGCGAGACAGACCUUCACAACAGCGCUGUCUCUCUCAUCUCCUGGACCUCACGCUGUUUUAAUAGUCCUGAAUCUGGAAGAUCAACAAUCACAACAGUGUGAUAUUGUGAAACGAGCCCAGGAGCUGCUGGGAGAAGAAGUCCUGAAGUACUGCAUUGUUCUUCUGCAUCAAAAUCACCAGAAACGUCUCACAGGAGCGUUCAGAGAAAUGAUCAACGCAUGUGGAGGAAGAUUUUACAUCAUAAGUGACUCUGAACCAAAACUUGCUCAAACCGCAGCUCUCGUAGCAGAAAUAGACAAGUUAGUUUGGCUCAAUGGUGACGGAUUUUACUCAGUAUUGACACAGAAGUUAGAAACUGAGGCAACCGCUCAAGACUUACCUGAGGAAAAUCCACAUUUGUCUGUAAAAUAUGACAUUUUAGGAGGAGCAGUUGGAAUUGUAGGAGGGAUUUUCCUUGCAUUAUUUACCACUCUUGUUAUUUAUACUGAAGGAAAGGACAAAACCUUAAUUUUUGGGACAGCAUUGACUUUACUUGUAUUGUUUAUGGUGUAUCUAAGACAUUUUCUGAGUCCAGAUGUUGCUAUACCAUUUAAUUUGGCCUUGAUAACAUCAAUUGUGGCAACUUUGUUUACAACAGACCACAAAUUAAUUAAAAACUUUAGAACAACAAAUUAUAACAUUUCAAAUCUAUCACCCAGUAUUUUAUUAAUACUAAUUUUACCUUUGUUAAUAAUAGUUUAUUUGCAUUUGCUACUAUAUUAUUUGGCAACAGUAAUAUUAAGUUUACCAUUUCUGCUAGGUUCAUCUUUGAUCUUGGGAACAAUUGUCAGCAUCAGAACCUGGUCAGAUGUGUUCAUAGCAUGUUACACUGCUCCUGGGGUCAUAUUUGGGGCUUUGACAUUCCUUUCAGUUUACAAUGAAAUUAUCACCCAUGAAUCUCCAUUGUUUGUGCUCAGGUCAUUUCUGUUUUGUUCAGUGGGAGCAAUACUCUCAAAGGGGUUUGUGUAUGUGUUUGGCCUGCUUGGUGUGAAGAUUUCAAUAAUUCUUCUAAUAUUAGGAAUUACAAUGGUGCAUUUCCAUUUUAAAGGUAAAACUAUAGAGAAUGUGAUGCAUUUCAUUAUUUUUAUAGUGAUUUUGCCAUGUGCUUGUGUGCUCAUUGGUUCAUUAGUCUUUCCCAGUUUAGGGUUGGUGAUGAGUUUUCUCAAAGUAAUUGUAGAAAACUUGGUCAGAUCUUACCUGUUUUAUGCUGCAUUACUGUUAGGUACAUUAAAAGUCAUUUGGAGAAAGUAGACUGUGUAAGGACAAGUCACACACAGCACCUAAAUGAAUCACAGCAUAUCACAGCAGUCUCAUAUUUGUGACUCUGGAUUACAAAACCAGUUUUAAGUAGCAUGGAUAUAUUUGUAGCAAUAGCCAAAAUACAUAGUAUUGGUCAAAAUGAUCGAUUUUUCUUUUAUGCUAAAAAUCACAAAAAGAUAAUAAGUAAAGAUAAUAAGUAAAGAUCAUGUUCCAUGUAGAUAUUUUGUAAAUUUCCUACAGUAAAUAUAUCAGAACUUUUUUUUUAAUUACUUUUAUUUUAAUUACAUUUAAUUACUAUUUUUAAUGAGUAAUAUGCAUCGCUAAGAACUUUAUUUGGACAACUUUAAAGACGAUUUUCGCAAUAUUUUUAUUUAUUUUUUAUUUUUUUUGCACCCUCAGAUUCCAGAAUUUCAAAUAGUUGUAUCUCGGGCAAAAAUUGCCCUACCUUAAAAAAACAUACAUCAAUGAAAAGCUUAUUUAUUCAGCGUUCAGAUUAUGUAAACUAAGUGACCCUUAUUACUUGAUGUACAUAUACUUGAUUGUUAUUAUCCUAUAUAUUUCUGUGAAGCAGUUUGAAACAAUCUGUAUUGUCCAAGGCACUGGUCAAAUAAAGGUGACUUGACAAUUAAUAUACAUUUCAAUUGUAAUUGAAUACAUGUCCCUUUUAUUUCCCUUUUUAAUAUUAUUAUUAUUAUUAUUAUUAUUAUUAAAAAUGAUUAUUUGAUUUAUUUUAAUGCAUUUGGUAAUUGUUGCAAAACCAGGCACUUUUUGGAACACUCUUUAAUUUAUAACCCUAUAAACAUUAUGACAUAAUCUAUGCAAUUAAACAUACAGUACAGUGAUAUUUGAUAUUUCAAAUUUGUGUAUUCCAAACCGUUUUUAUCAACAUUUAUAAAAUAUCGCAAAAGUUUGCGCAAAUCUGUAACGGAAAUGCACCCACUGACCACACAUUUUCCAAAUGGUAUAUAAUACUGGUUAACUGUAGCUGCGUUUUUAUUACCCUUUCAAUUAAGCAAACUGAAAUUGCGAACUGAAAAUAUGCCUACCGGAAACACGUCAAUUUCGCAAAAACUUCCAUAUAUUGCACAAUAUUUUACGCUCGCAUGAGGUGGUUUAUCAGGCAAUUUGAAAAAGGAAUAUUUUGCCAGAGCCUGUGCUACACAAGCUUUUGUGUUCAAAAAGUAUACAAAUUUUUAUUUUACAAAAAAAAUGACUGAUCGUUUUAUUAAAUAAGACCCUUCGUCCUCGACUGGGAUCGUUUAGAACACUUUGAAGCUGCAUUUAAACUGCAUUUUGGAAGUUCAAAAUGGGGGCACCAAUGAAGUCCAUUAUAUGGAGAAAAAUCCUAAAAUGUUUUCCUCAAAAACCAUAAUUUCUUCACGACUGAAGACGGAAAGACAUGAACAUCUUGGAUGACAAGGGGGUGAGGAAAUUAUUUGUGAAUUGUUGUUCUGGAAGUGGACUUCUCCUUUAACUAAGAGAGACAUGCAAAAUAAGCAUAGCGGGGGGCGCAAGGACUGGAGUUGGGAAACGUACUAGAAACUUCCUGGCAGGUGUGUUGAGGCAAGCUGGAUCUAAAAUCUGCAGGACACUGCCAUCCAGGACUAAGUUUGGGCACCCCUGAUUUAGAAACACCCACAAAGUCAGAAAUGCCCACUUUUGCUCUGCAGAGACCUCAAUCUCAAUAUUAACAUUCUGAUUGGUUUAACGUGUAACGAUCGGUCCACUGCAGCUUUAUUUAGACAAACGUGAAAUCCAGAAUCCAAACCCUAAACAAUAAACAAAGACUUGACUUGAUACAGACUUGACUUGGCAAAGAAAAGAAACAUAAACUCACCAUACAUACACGACAAGGAACAAUGGCUACAAGAGGGCUACUUAUAGCAAACAAUGAGGGUCACGUGACAAAAACAAACCAAUGAGAAACAAGACACAUGACUUAGACAACCAAUCAGAACAUGACACAUUGAACAAGGGAACCAAUGGCAGGAAUACAUGACCGCCGUCUUUCCUUCCUGACAAAAGAUCUGCAGCGAUGAAUCUGGACUGACCUCUGAUUCCAGUAAUUACAGACGAGGGUCGUAGAAUGAUGCUGGUCACUGGACCAAACCUCUGUGAGGAGGACACAGCGAGACAGAUCUUCACUAUGCUGUAUCUUUUGUCUCCUGGACCUCACGCCGUUUUAAUGGUCCUGAAUCUGGAAGAUCAACAAUCACAACAGUGUGAUAUUGUGAAACGAGCCCAGGAGCAGCUGGGAGAAGAAGUCCUGCAGUACUGCACUGUUCUCCUGCUCCAAAAUCAACAGAAAUGUUUCACAGGAGCAUCCAGAGGGAUUGUUGGAGAAAUGAUCAAUGCAUGUGGAGGAAGAUUUCAUGUUAUAAAUGACUCUGAACCAAAACCUGCUGAAAGAGCAGCUCUCGUUGGAGAAAUAGACAAGCUGGUUUGGCUCAAUGAUCACAGAUUUUACUCAGUAUUGAGACAACGGCUACAGUUAAAAAGGCUGGAGCUUUUGAAAAGACUAAGUGAAAUCGACAGCAAACUUGGGGAAAAUCAGAUCUCAUCUGCAAUGCGCGACGGUUUAGGACUGAUUGGAUGGAGUCUGAUCAUUUCACUGAUCGCAGUUGAUCUGGCUGUUGAACAAACAGACAAAAAGUUAGUUUUUGUGGUAACUUUAGCUGGCCUUGUGACAUUUAUGGCAUCUUUAAGAAACACUUUGAGUCCACAUGUUGCUUUUGCACUAAAUUUGUCUCUGUGCUCCACAGUUGUGGCUGCAUUUUUAAAGUAUUUCACAAUGCGUGAGUCAAGUAACAAUGGAAACAAUGGGAAAACUGAGUUUUUAUUUACAGUAGGUUUAGGAAUAACACUUGGUUCAGUCACUGGCAUAAAGACUUUUUCUGAUGUUUUUAUUGCAUGCUGUGCUGCUUUUGGAGUCACGAUUGUAACUUAUGAUUUAUUACUGGAGCUCAAAAAGCUGAAUGUCCCAGAAUUAUUCCUGUUAUUUCUGUUUUGUGGAUUGGGUGCUGAACUUGUGACGUUGUGUGUGAUUGUGCCUAAUGCUUUGUUCGGAGUGACGCUCACAAUAAUUCUGCUAAUAACAGUGAUCAUAACUGCAGCGUUAAAUUUAGAUGCCAAAACGAAGAACACCGUAAUCGAGUUACUUCCUCCUUUAGUGUUUUUUCCAUGUUUUUGUUUGUUUAUUGCUUCAAUUGUUCUGAUUUUAGAGAUUUCGCUUAACGUAUAUAUAGAAUAUUUCCUCGGUUCUUUUUUGUUUUAUCCAGCGUUACUGUUGGCUUCUUUAACGCUGAUUAUACAGUGCAGAAAACCACUGAAGAUGAUAAAACAAAACAGAAUGUCACAACUGCGCAUUUUCUCUCGUCUCUCGGACCUGUUUUAAUGGUCCUGAAUCGAGAUCACAAUUUUGCUCUACACUGAAUGAGACACAACAGUUAUAAUCUGAGAGACAAAUCAAUAUGUAAAUAUAGAAAUUUACAUUUUUAAGAGUCUUGUGUUCUCUGUGAUAUACAGACAUGUUUUCUUCAUUGUACUUAACACUUCAAAUAAAAUUCAUGAAAUUCACCUAAAUCAAGUAAUUCUAAAUAACAGUUCUAUACAUGUUUUUGAUUUUACAUCUUCUUGCAAUAAGUGUUUUUAAAGCAUAUGAGAAUCUAGUAAAAUCUAGAAUCAAUCCAGAUUAAUUUUACUGCUUUCAGCUUUCAAUAAAUAACACUGUAAAGACACAAUCUUGUUUCUUAGAGUAUUUAUGUUCAAUCACGUAAGUAUUCAGAAGCAUAUAAUAAUACAAAUAAAUAAUGCAUGACGUGAGCCCUUUAAAUAAUAAUAAAGAACAGUUAAUAAUA